AUGCCGCUCUGCCUGCCAACGCGCCCAGUCCUGAUGCAACCGAAACACGCUUGCGCACGGAUUGAGCAGCGCAAAGCGCGCAGACUCCAUAGCGGACCCCCUCUUCCCUCUCACGGAGCUUCAAGUGUUGGUCGAGGGACUCGUAAUCGUCUGGAUUUUGUCCACCAUCAUCACCACGACUUGGACUUGUGCACCAACUCUCACACUUCCGUGUCAGCACAUUUUCCCCUCCUUCUUGUCCCGCAUUGACUCCUACCUGCUUGCUGACAAGUCUACAUCCAUUCGGCACAACCGCAGGACUCCACCAUCAUCGUCAGCAGUGGAGCCGCUCUUAGAUUCGCUGAGCCGCAUUCACAGCUUCUUUCGCCAUCUCUAGGAGCGUUUCGUACUCUUUGCUUCCUUUUGGCUCACAAUGGUACGUGUUGCCAUACGCGGGUCUAAUUAGAAGCAUACACGCGGGAGUGCCAAGUCUCACCCUACGAGUGCGCUCCUUCGCCUUGACAGUGCGGCAUUUUCGCAUACGUUAACCACUUGGUGGAGAAGGUAAGUAUCUUUUGAGAAGGUUAGGAAUGACAAGCCCAAAUUGGCAUGAAGCUAACAUCGCACUUCUGAUGUGUCUUGCAGGACCGACGCCAAGUCGUAGAGACUCUCGUCAAUGGUCUGGCACGACUCGAGUACAGAGGAUACGACUCUGCGGGUGAGUGCAUAACAGGUGCACCACAGGCAGUCAUAUUGGCCGAAACGCGAUUGGGAGGCGGCAUCGCCGCAGGCAGCGGUCGUAUUUGAGGAUGAGGGGUCGUUGUACUUGGCUGGGCCACGCGCAAAGAAGCGGAGCCAUGCCUGCGAGGUCAGCUUUGGGAGUAGGCACCAAGAUCAUUGGCGUGCGAUAUUGGAGCCUAGUCAUGAACAGCCAAGACAAACAAAUGGCCCACAAGGAGUGAGAUUGCAGGGAUAGCGCGACUGACGCUCCUGUCUGCCUUGGCUUGUCCGUAACCUCCAGGUAUUGCCGUUGAUGGCGACAGUGACAAGGAGGUGCUCAUUUACAAGCAGGUCGGCAAGGUUCAGGCUCUGCGCAAGCACAUUGCAGACUCUCCAGUUGAUCUCAACAAGACCUUUAUCAGUCAAGCUGGUAUGGCUCACACUCGAUGGGCUACGCACGGCCAGCCCAGCCCCUUGAACUGCCACCCCCAUCGCUCUGACCCUACCAACGAGUUCACUGUGGUUCACAACGGUAUCAUCACCAACUACAGAGAGCUCAAGCUCGUGCUCUCCAAGCGAGGUUUCAAAUUUGAGAGCGAGACGGACACCGAGUGCGUGGCUGCUCUCUGCAAGUACUUGUACGACUCUGCCCAAGGCCGCAAGCCGGACUUCACGAGUCUCAUCAAGAGCGUGAUCAAGGAACUGGUGAGUGGAGGAUCCCGCUUGGCCGAUAGCUGGUCAGCAUGCGCCUCCCGAACGUCAGCUUGGUCCCAUGCCUGAAGGCUUGGGCCCUCUACUCGCGGUCCGCCGGCUAGAUCCGCCUUCGCUGACACGCAGAAUUGGUUUCGAAUUUGUAGGAGGGUGCGUUCUCAUUCGUGUUCAAGUCGGUGCACUACCCUGGCGAGAUUGUGCUCGCUCGACGUGGUUCCCCACUUCUGAUUGGUGUCAAGACCGAGAAGAAGCUAAAGGUGGAUUUUGUCGAUGUCGAGUUCGGCAACACCGCCGAGGCAGACGACAAGCUCAGUGAGUGGCCUUGAACUUGCGAUUCAGACAGGCCUCAAUCCAGUACUCACGCCACGAAAUCGGUUCCUUGUACAGCUUCUGUUCCUCAGCCUGGUCUCCUCGCUCCUCCCGGUGGCCACCCUGACGGCCCUGGUGGACUGCAGAUCCCGGGCGCCAACAACAAGCUAAUUCGCUCGCAGUCGCGCGCCUUCUUGUCAGAAGAUGGCCUGCCUCAGCCCAUCGAAUACUUUGUGGCAUCAGACGCUAGUGCUAUCAUUGAACACACCAAGAGAGUCUUGUACCUUGAGGAUGAUGACAUUGCACACAUCGCCGAGGGAGGUGAGUCCAAAUGCAACUUUGCAAAAUCCUUCCCAAAGCUGAGACGAGGCUCCUUCGUUGGUGCUCGCUAGAGCUCCACAUUCACAGGCUGCGCCGCAAUGAUGGCCUCUCUUCAAUGCGCUCGAUUGAGACCCUCGAGGUUGAGCUGGCCGAGAUCAUGAAGGGCUCCUUUGACCAUUUUAUGCAAAAGGAAAUUUUCGAGCAGCCAGAGUCUGUCGUCAACACGAUGCGUGGUCGUGUGAACUUCGACACCCGUCAAGUCAAGUUGGGCGGCCUCACUGCAUUCUUAAACACGAUGCGUCGCUGCCGCCGCAUGGUUUUCAUUGCGUGCGGAACAAGUUAUCACUCGUGCUUGGCGGUAAGUGGUCCGCACCGCGCUUUAUACGCACACCGAACUAGCACUGACUCUUGGAUUGUUCGCGGUACACAGACCCGUGCCAUCUUUGAGGAGCUUACUGAAAUCCCCAUCUCCAUCGAGCUGGCUUCAGACUUUUUGGACAGGCGCACACCCAUCUUUAGAGACGAUGUCUGUGUGUUCGUCUCGCAAUCUGGCGAGACUGCAGACACCAUCUUGGCUUUGAGGUACUGCUUGGAGCGGGGCGCUCUCUGCUUGGGUGUUGUCAACACUGUGGGCAGCACAAUCUCUCGUGAGACCCACUGCGGUAUUCACAUUAACGCGGGUCCCGAAAUUGGUGUUGCUUCCACAAAGGUGCGUUCGAUGAGAGCCUGCAGAGCCUGCCAAGGUGCCUGCGUCGAUCGACAGCUGAUUGGGCGUUGUUUGCGUGUUUCCUAGGCGUACACUUCGCAGUACAUUGCGCUCAUCAUGAUGGCGGUACAGCUGUCCGAGGACCGCAUCUCAAUGGCCGAGCGUCGCCAGACCAUCAUUGAUGGCUUGCAUGAACUCCCGAGCCAGAUCCGAGCGAUCUUGGAACAGGACAAGGCCCUCCAGACUCUGGCGCACGGUACUUUGGCCAAGGAGCGAAGCUUGCUCAUCAUGGGACGUGGAUAUCAGCACGCGACUUGCUUGGAAGGAGCGUUGAAGAUCAAAGAAAUUUGCUACAUGCAUUCCGAGGGUAUUCUGGCAGGAGAGCUGAAGCACGGGCCCUUGGCGCUGAUUGACGAGUCUAUGCCAGUCAUCAUCAUCAUGACCAAAGACUCCCUCUACCCCAAGGUGCAGACCGCCUUGAUGCAGGUCACUUCCCGAAAAGGACAACCUAUCAUCAUCUGCAACGAUGACGAUCAAGACAUCAGUCCUCAAAGCAAGACCAUCAGGGUGCCUCGAACUGUUGACGCCCUUCAAGGACUUUUGACGGUCAUUCCUCUCCAACUGCUCUCGUACCACCUCGCUGUCGCUGCUGGCGUCGAUGUCGACUUCCCUCGAAACUUGGCAAAGUCGGUUACCGUAGAGUAG